AUGAAGAUCCUUACAGAAGAGGAGAUCGAAGCACACCACUACCACACGCUGUCAGGCGGGUUGAAAGGUGCCGUGGCAGGACUGGUGAUAUCGGGGCUGGUCUUCAAGCUGGCGCCCGUUAAGUUCCCCAAAUUCCAGCCUUCCAAGCUGCCCUGGUCGUUGAGAACCGCCAUUUUCAUCACACCUCCCACGCUGCUGACGUCGAUCUGCGCGGAAGAAGCGUCGACCGGGUUUGAAAGAAUGAUGUACGGAACUGGCAGCUCGUCAAACGCUGCGGUCGAGGAGCACCAGCGCUGGAAACAGCUGCCGUGGUCCGAAAGGUUCAUCGAGGGCGUCUCCAGCAACAAAUACAAGAUCAUCGUGGCAGCGUGGGCCGCCUCAAUGUACGGUUCCUGGAAGUUCGUGGACCGCGACCCUAUCAUGACCAAGACCCAGAAGGCAGUUCAGGCCAGAAUGUACGCCCAAACCGUCACCGUGGCACUGCUGCUGGGUUCUAUCGGGCUCUCGAUGUACGAGGAGAAAAAGCACCCUGACGCGCGGAAACUGGAGGCUUCUCGCCGCUGGGAGAAGGCCCUGGAACGCGCAGAAGAAGAGGAGGCCCUGGCCUCGCAGUCCGGCUUCAGAUCCAACGAGGACCGUGUCAAGGCCAAGAUUUUCAAAUAA